AUUCCCUUAUGUGUGUGUGUGCAUGUGCGGGUCGUCCUGAGGAAAUGGUGGCGCGGGAAGCGAGACAGUAACUCAUCUGGAAGAAAAAGUAAAUAAAAAAUAUGGAUCCUCAACUUAUAACUAGUAUAUUUCAGCAUACUUUGGAGCCAUCUCCUGAGGCUAGGGCAGAAGCUGAAGCUCGAUUAACCCAGUUAUCAACAAGUCCUGGCUUUCUUCCCGCUUUAAUUCAACUAGUUAUGUCCGAAGAUAUCCAAAUAGCUAUACGACAAGCUGCGGUGAUAUAUUUAAAAAAUAUGAUAUCAAGAUAUUGGAGAGAACUCGAAGGAGAAGCUGGAGCACAGAAUUUUACAAUACCAGAGAAUGAUAAAUUAUUUAUUCGACAACAUAUUGUUGAGUCAAUCAUUUCAGCAUCAGAACUAAUCAGAGUACAAUUAACUGUUAGUAUACAUGAAAUACUGUCAUGUGACUUUCCUGAGAAGUGGCCAGACAUAUGUGUCAAGAUCAAUGGUUACCUAACAUCAGACAAUAAAUCCACGUGGCUUGGAUCAAUGCUGGUGCUGUACCAAAUUGUUAAAAAAUAUGAGUUUAAACGGAAGGAAGAUAGAGGUCCAAUCGAAGAUGUCAUGAAUGUGUUUUUGCCUAUUCUUCAAAACCGAUGUUCAUCACUAGUAAAAGACAAUUCUGCAGAGUCAUUUCUGUUGAUAACCAAGGUUUUUAAAAUAUUCAGAGCUUUGAUUCAGCUCAAUUUACCCUUAAGAGUUAUAAAUCAAGAUAACUUUCCACAGUGGAUGGGAUUAUUUAAAGCUGUGCUAGAAAAACCUGUUCCUGAGGAGAGCUUACAAUGGGAGGAAGACGACAGGCCGCAAUUGUCUUGGUGGAAGGCUAAAAAAUGGGCUGUUACAGUGUUGUUUAAAGUUUUUGAGAGAUAUGGAUGUCCUGGCUCUGAAGAAAAAGAAUACAAUCAAUUUGCUGACUUUUAUGACAAGCACUAUUCUGAACAAGUUACCGGUAUCAUGUUAAAAAUUUUGGAUCAGUAUAGGCAAAAGAAUUACAUCGCACCACGAGUGCUUCAGCAAGCAUUAAAUUAUUUGUCACAAGGUGUAUAUAAUGCAAGAUCAUGGAAAAUUGUGAAGCCACAUUUUUUGGAAAUAUUUAAAGAAAUUAUCUUCCCACUGAUGUGUCAUUCAGAAGAAGAUGAAUCCCUAUGGCUUGAUGAUCCACAAGAAUAUAUCAGAAUAAAAUAUGACAUAUUUGAAGAUUUCCUUUAUUUUUCUCCUAACGCUGCUGCAAAAUCUUACUUGAAAGAAGCGGUGAAAAAAAGAAAGAAUAUACUCCAACCUGUUGUUGAACACACAAUGACCAUUUUUAAUAUGGAUGCUACUCAACGUGAUCCAAAGCACAAAGAUGGAGCGUUGCAUGUUAUUGGUUCUUUAGCCGAAACUCUUUCAAAGAAAAAACAAUACAAAAAUCACAUGGAGGCAGUCUUAACUAGUCAUGUUCUACCAGAAUUUCUGAGUCAACAUGGUUUUCUAAGAGCACGUGCUUGUUGGGUCACACAGCAGUUUGCGAUUAUCACAUUUAAGGAUGCUAAUGUGUUGAAACAAACCCUACAUUGUGUUCUAAACUGUUUGGGAGAUAAAGAAUUGCCUGUCCAAGUUGAGGCUGGUAUUGCUAUUCGUCACAUUGUUGAAGAACAAGAUGAACAAGGCGCUAGUGAAAUGAUUCGACCCCAUGUCAAGGAGUUAGUGCAACAAAUUCUUCGAGUUUUACGUGAAAGUGAAAAUGAUGAACUAACUGGAACAAUCUCAAAACUUGUGCAAAAUUUUACAGAUGAAGUUACUUCAAUAUCCCUGGAACUUGUCUCAACUUUAACAGAAACAUUUCACAGUUUGGUGGAGAGUGAAGAGGACUAUGACAACAAAUCAGUUACCGCAAUGGGAAUUUUAGAAACAAUUGAAAUAAUCGUGGGAGAAGUGGAUAGUUCGCCACAGAUUAUGGCGCAAUUAGAGCAACUUGUAUCUCGCUUAAUAAAAUCUGUUUUGGAGAAAGAACUGAUGGAAUACUAUGAGGAAGUGUUUUCGCUGAUCAAUGAAUGCACUACAAUACAGAUAUCACCGUUAAUGUGGAACAUGUUGUUUCUACUGUAUGAAACAUUCCAAGAAGACACUGCCGAUUAUUUCACUGAAAUGAUGCCAUGUCUACAUAAUUAUGUCACAGUGGAUCCUAAAGCUUUUCUUGCUGAGCAAAGGUUCUGCGAGGUUAUCGUCAAAAUGUGUAAAACGAUGUUAAUGGACUACACUGGCGAAAAUGCACAAUCUCAAGCAGCGAAGUUAUUGGAAGUUGUUGCUUUGCAAUACAGGGGAGAAAUAGACAAUUGGUUACCAAUAUUUGUGUCUUUAUGUUUGGAGAGAUUGUCAAUGGAAGUAAAAACAAGUGAACUACGUGUAAUGCUGAUACAAGUGAUUGUAGCUUGUAUUAUCAAUCACCCAAUUGUCGUUCUGACGCAUUUGGAGAAAAUGCAAUCACCAAGUACACCACAAGGAGUCACAGCUCGAUUCUUGUCGCAAUGGCUUAAUGAUACUGACUGUUUCCUUGGCAUUCAUGAUCGUAAAGUAUUUGUGUUUGGUAUAUGUGCACUUGUAUCAUUACCGGCGGAGACUCGCCCAGAUGCUGUCAACAUGUUCGCAGCGCAAUUCUUACCUGCAUUGUUGAUCAUAUUUGAAGGUUUAAAAACAGUCUACGAAAAAAUGGAGAAAGAAGUUAUCGAAGAAGACACAAAACCUGAAGAAGAAGAGCUGGAAGAUUCCGAUGAUGAAUAUGACGAGGAAGGAACGCAGUAUUUGGAAUCGUUACAAAAGAAGCAAUCGAGACUUCAUGAUUUUAUUGAUGACGACGAUUGGGGAAGCGAGUUGGAAAUCUUCACUACACCUAUCGAUGACAAUCCAUAUGUAGAUGAGUACAUAACAUUCAAAGAGGCUUUCGAAGCACUUCAACACAACGACGCACAUAUGUUUGCGAUGAUGACACAAACUUUGACGGAAGAACAAAAACAUGCUGUACAAUCAGUCAUCAAUAAUGGAAUUAGAAAUCAGCAAAAACUGGCAUCAAGAAAAAUCGAAGAGCAAGGUGGAUAUACCUUUCAAGCCCCUACCGUUCCUAACAACUUUUCCUUUGGUGGAAGUCUCUCUUGACGGGUACUGAGAAUCGACUGGAGUUUAUAUGUACGUUAACACAAGUUAAACCGGCCAUUUGAAGCUCGGUGCCGGUUAAUCGGGAUAUCUGGAGAAUAAUAAACUUAAGCCAAAAUAAAGGGCAUUGUUUUUCAAUUUUAUUUUUUGAUGGAUUUAUGAUUGUAAACAUUGCGACUAUGUCUCUACUUCUUGUGGUAUUUUUAACGGAAAGGUGCACUUCCACAAACUUUAACUUCUCUACAUCUUUUUUAUAAGAAAAUGAUUCACAAAAAGGCUUUAAAAGUAGAUCAUGUACAAUAAUGGAAAGGAAA